GCUCACAGCCGGACGGUGCCAUGUUCUCCCUGUCAGAAGUGGCUCCUCUGAAUCACCAUCAGAACUCAUGUAAGCUGCUGAAACCCUGGUGGGAGGUCUUCAUGGACUACCUGGUGGUCCUGAUGCUGAUGGUUUCAGUCCUGGCGUGCACCGAACAGCUGUCGAGGGACAGAGUGGUGUGUCUGCCUUCAGAUCUGGCUGUUAGAAACACUCGUGACCCCGAAGAUGCAGCCCCGCCUCCUCUACAUGUUCCCGUCAACAUCGGCCCAGCUCGCGGCCGCCGCACACACCUGGAGCAUCAACAGUAUGUUUACGUCAGCCAGGUGUGCUACCACAAGGCGUUACCGGCGUGUUCCCGUGUCUUCCCCUACGUGAUCCUGCUGCAGUCUCUCGUCCUGGUGGCCGGUGGAUCUUUCUGGCUCUACUUCCCUCUCACUUCUUCUCGCAUAGAGCAGUUCCUGGCCAUCUUGGCAAAGUGCUGCGAGUCUCCCUGGACGUCUCAGGCCCUGUCCCUUGCUGCCCAUCAGGAGAACAUCCGCCAGGCUAAGAGACAACCACAACGACUCCCUCCAUCCUCACCCCCAGUGACCCGCAGUGUCAGCUCAGGCUCAAACAGCCCGUUGUUGAAGACAUCAACGGUCCCCCCCUCGCCCUGUCCCUCCACCCUGUCCUGUAACUCCACGGUGUCUUCUGCGUCCCUCAGCUCUGGCGACAACGCUUGUCCUCCCGAGCCUCCGGUGAUGCAGAAGAGCCACAGGCAGGUGAUGAGUCUGGAUAAAAGUGACGGGGAAGAGGCGAGAGCGCUGUUUGAAAGAGUCAGAAAGUUCCGGUCCCACUGUGAAAGCUCAUCUGUGACUUUUAAGGUGUAUUUGGCUCAGACGCUGUUCAAACUGCUGCUGGUGACGCUGAUCGUGAGCUACACCGCCCCUCUCCUCGGCUCCGUCUCCUUCCAUCACAUCUGUCGUCUGGAGGAGGUCCACCUGUCUGGGUAUGCAGCCUUCGAGUGCGUCCACCCUCUGUCGUCGCUCCUACGUGUACUGUUGGUGGCCUACAUGACCCUCCUGGGACUCUAUGGCCUUCUUAACCUCUACACCCUCGUCUGGGUUUCUCACAGUUGCCUUCAGCGAUAUUCCUUCCCCUCCUUGGAGGAGCUGGACUCCCUCGGACGCAUUCCUGACCUGCGGAACGACCUGGCCUUUCUCCUACACGUGCUGGACCAGUACGACCCUCUGCUGUCCCAGCGCCUCUCUGUGUUUCUGUCUCCGGUGAGCGAGAGCAGGCUGCUGGAGGAGAGUUUGGAGAGGUGUUGGGGGGAGGACAAGCUACAUGCCAUGACCAGUGUGGACGCCGACGGCUGCUCCAGACUGCAGCUCGUGGCGCUGCCUCGCCUCCCUUCAGCUGUUUUCACCCUCAGCCAGCUGCAGGUCCUUGAACUGGAGCUCAUUCUUGAUGCCAGGUUUACUGCACAGGUGUAUAACAUGACCUCACUCAGGGAGCUCCAUCUUCACCACUGCUGUCCAUCUGUGGAUCCCGGUGCUCAUGCGGUCCUGCAGGAACGUCUGGAGGUCCUUCAGAUCACCUUCGCUCAGGCAUCCCAGAUCCCCAACUGGGCCUUCUCCCUCCGUGGUCUGCACGAGCUCCACCUUUCUGGUCGUUUCAGCGGUGAGGGUGGUGUCGGCCACAGCUGGGCCUUAGGGAGCCUUCGUCAGCUCCGUCAACUCCGUGUUCUGGUGAUUCGAGGCCUGUUACAGCGGAUCCCCGUGGAGCUGUGUGAGGUUGCGGGCAGUUUGGUGAGGUUGGAGAUCCACAAUGAGGACACGAGGCUACUUGCGCUGACAGGCCUGAAGCGGAUGGUGAACCUGACGGAGCUGCAGCUGCGGGCCUGCCAGCUGCAGCGUCUGCCCUCUGCCCUGUUAGCGCUCACCAACCUGCAGAUGCUCGAUUUGCAGCACAACAGUUUGAGGACUCUGGAGCAGCUGCUCAGUCUGGCUCACCUUCAGCAUCUCUCUAGCCUUAAACUAGCCUAUAACCAGGUUUUGACACUUCCUCACAGCGUUGGUGUCCUUCGAGGCUUAGAGCUCCUGGAUCUGUCCAACAACCAUCUUCGGAGCCUUCCACCCGCAUUAUUCACUCUCCGUCGUCUUCGUAGGCUCCUGCUGGCUGGAAACCUGCUUGUUGAGCUGCCGCCUGCAGUAAAGGAGCUGAAGCUGCUCACAGAGCUGGACCUGAGUGGUAACAGGCUGGAGAGCCUUCCGUCUGACCUCUUCAACAGCUGCUUGGAGCUGCGCGUCCUGAACGUGGCCCAUAACUCUCUCGGCUCUUUGCCCGGCGGGAUUGCAGCUCUGAAACGCCUGAGCAGGUUGGAUUUACGCAGCAACCGUCUGGAGGAGCUUCCUGCUGAGCUGGGCUGCUGCUCGGGGCUGUGUGGAGGGGCUCUGCUGGUCGAAAACUGGCUCCUUCUCUCCUUACAGCCACACAUCCGAGACUUCCUGAGCCAGUCUUCCUCCAGCAGGGCUUCCUGCUCCGAGGAUCUCUCGGAAACAGACUCGGAUAGCUUCUCUCACUGGCCUCCUGCCCACUGGUGCUUCUCUUCAGCUCUGGAGUCACAAAUCUAAAGCUGGCUCCAGACUCUGUCCUAACACUGGCACUAGUCUGCUCCUAAGCCUUUCUUAUGUAAUGUUUCUUUUUAUUACGUGUAAAUUUACUGGUUGAUUUCCUUUCCCAACCCAGAUUUUAUUUGCUACUGUGCUUUAAAUACCUCUUUAGUUUGUGAUGCGGUAAAAAGACCAAUGGCGACUAACAGGAGUCGACUGAAAAUAAGGAAGAAGUCUUGCUAAAGGGGGGUGGUGUUGUUGCUCCAUUUAUUAGAUAAAAGUGUUUAAUGAAACAGGCUGAAUGAACGUGUGAGGGUGUCGUUAUUGAAAGCAAAGACGUUUAACCAGAAAGGACGUUCUGAUUUUGGUGCCACGGAACAAAAAACCAGGAAACAUUUAUCUGUAACUCAGUUCUUAGCCGCUGCAUUCGAUCAAGCCUAACUUAUCACAACUAUCCUGGCCUGCUUCCAAAUGACGUUCCCAGAUCUAAAACUAAUAAGUCAUCUCGUUCUUGGCUACCUGUCAGAGUUUCAAGCUAGGAUCCUUUUGUUUUGAUAGAACGUUCACAUACUACGUUUAAAGAGCAAGUCACCCCCUACGUUCACAUACUACGUUUAAAGAGCAAGUCACCCCCUACGUUCACAUACUACGUUUAAAGAGCAAGUCACCCCCUACGUUCAUAUACUACGUUUAAAGAGCAAGUCACCCCCUACGUUCAUAUACUACGUUUAAAGAGCAAGUCACCCCCUACGUUCAUGUACUACGUUUAAAGAGCAA